GCCGGCUCGGACAAAGUGAGAGGUCGAGCUUUAUCUGGAGAAGGAGCGUGUGGAGGCUCAGAGUCGCUGUCCUCGCGGGCCUCACACCUGGCAGGUAUCCGAGGAACAGAGCACGAGGACGUUCAGGGACUCUUUAAGGACUUUUUCUUCUCCGGCGGUUUGAGAAGAAGCGCGUGCCAAACCAGGAAACACCGCGUGUCUCCCUCCAGCCUCAGAGAGCAGCAGCCUCUGUCGGGCCCCGUCAUGAGUGGCGGGGUAGCAGAGGGCCGCCUGCAGGUCCUGCAGAUCUACCGCCUGCUGCAGUGUGUCCAUCAAGCGGACAAGCUGCAGAUCGAGAAGAUGGUGAAGCUCGGGGUGGAGAACCUCAUCAAUCUGACGGAGCCACAGGACGGCACGGGGGCGCUGCACGUGGCGGUGUCGGCCAAAAACCAGGACCUGGUCAGCUUCCUCAUCUCCAUGGGGGCGCACCCUGACAUCCAGGACAAGAAGGGCCGCACCCCGGUCAUGCUGGCCGCCGAGCAGGGCCACGAUGCCAUAGUGACGCUGCUGGCUCAGAGCUGUGCUGACUUCACACUCCAGGACUCGGAGGGCAGAGGUGUGCUGUUCUACUGUAUUCGCCCCACCAAGCGUCACAGCCGCUGCCUGCAGGUGGCGCUGCGGUGCCAGGCGGACGUUAACAACGUGUCUGCACAGGGGACGCACGUCUUCCAGCUGAUGUGUGAGAAAGCUGAGGAGUGCACCCCCAUGUGUCUCAUCAUGCUGGACGAAGGGGCCGACCCCAACGCAACAGAUCAGACAACCGGCGUCACAGCGUUGAUGGAGGCAGCGAAGGCCGGCUCCCUGCAGCUGGUUAAAACCAUUCUCCGGGCGGGAGGGAACCCCAACGCCCUGGACAACAAACGCCUCACAGCAGUGCACUUCGCCGCCAUGGGGGGCUUUUUUGAGGUGAUUCAGACUCUGUCUGCACACUCAGCAGACAUGGGAGUGAUCAACAUGGAGGACUGCACGCCGCUACACUACGCCGCUGCUACCGGGGAUGCUAACUGCUGCAAGUUCCUGGCACAGAGAGGUUGUAACCCCAAACUGAAGAACCUGGACGGCUUGCUCCCGCGUCAGAUUGCCAAAGACGCCGGUCACAAAGCUGCAGCCAAGGAGCUGAAGAAGGCGGAGAAGCAGCAGGGAAAAGGCAGCAGCUCCGGCGGCCCCGGCCCUUCAUCGGAUCUUUGGGCCCUGAACCUCCACGACUGGUCCAAUGAGUAUGAGGCUGAACUACGGCGAGCCUUUGGGGAAAAGUCUGACACAGUUCCCUCUGACAUGUUUGUUUCAGUGUUAAAAGAACUCAAAGCUCCCAUAGAACUGGACCGGCUCCUCACGUUCAUCUCAGCCCACGGCAAGGGAAGCGAUGAGUCUAUCAACAUUAAUGAGUUCAUCAAAGGUGUCAAGUACGUCAAGAAACCGUUCCUCCUGUCUGCUUACAUGCCCAAAAAGAAGAAGGGAGACAGGGGAGGGAAAGGAAAAGGGAAGAAGAAGGGUAAGUUUGUCAUCCCCAUGCCCAUCUGCACCCUCCCGCCGGAUCAGAUGCCCCGGAGGCCAGACGGAGGCCCGCCCCACUACAUGAUCGAGACGUACUACGACAGCUCGGACACGCUGCGAUUUGACCGCAAUCACCCACCAGAACACCCCAUAAUGAACGACUCGGGAUGGUACCUGGAAAAAACGGACAAGGUCUACAUCGAUAUCAACCACUGUGUGAAGCGUGGAGACCUGGAGUCGCUGGACCUCGCGUUCAGUCAGGGCGUUCCCGUGGACGUUCAGCAUCCGUUCUACAAGACCCCGCUGACGGCGGCGUGCUCCAGUGGAAACUACGAGGUGGCUCAGUACCUCCUCAGUCACGGGGCCGACGUGAAUGUGUGCGACCAGUUCUUCUGGACGCCGCUGCAUCACGCGGCUCACGCUGGCCAUGUAGAACUUCUGGAGCUUCUGGUGGAGGCCGGAGCCACCGUGGACGCCCAGGCCCUCAGCGGAGCCACGCCGCUCAUGAGGGCCAUCCAGAGCUCUCACCCCUCCUGUGUGGACUUCCUCAUCAAGGCGGGCGCCAGUGUGAACGCAGAGAACAAGAAAGAACAAAACUGCCUCGACAUCGCCAGAGAUUUUGGAGACUGCAGGGUGAUCGACCUGGUCAGAGACAAGAUGGAUUCUCUGCCUAAACAGAAGGAGACGGCCAAGGCAAAGGGAGACAAAGCAAAACAGCCGAAAUCUGCUAAAGGAAAGGCGGCUGCUGUGAACGCAGAGACGUCGGCUGUGACGGCGGGGAAGACUUCGCCUCAGAAGGACUCAAAGAGCGUCCUGCUGGAGAACGCCAGGAUCACGACGGGGCAGACCAACACUGUCGACAUCACCUUCGUGCCAAAAACGGUUUGGGGGAAGCCGCCCACCACCAGCCAGCUCAUGUCCAAGAUAGAGAGACGGAAAGAGCCGUUAUCCCUGGAGGUGGACUUCGACGACUUCAUGAUGCCGUUCAGCUAGAGCAUGGAAGUGCUUUAACUAACACAGUUGGACAUCAUGUUACUGAACCUCUGAUUUUCUAGUGUUUUCCUGUAGUAUCAGGGCCUGCAGAGUCAGCACACAGUCAGAAAUCACCAGCCAACAGUAGAAUCUGAUUUUAUACAUGAUGAAAUCCUUCUUAGAUUUCUCUGUACAGAUAUUUCUUGUAUCCUCAGCCGUCAGCACUGUGACUCAGCAGGGACAGAACUGUCAGAACAUGUCAGUUCACUGAACAAGAACUUUAUAUAAACAUUUUACACAAAAAUUA